CGCGACGGGGGCGACGCGCGAGGCCGGCUAGGAGGCCUCAGAGGCGCAAUGCCGUACGCCAAUCAGCCCACGGUGCGCAUCACCGAGCUCACCGACGAGAACGUCAAGUUCAUCAUCGAGAAUACGGACCUGGCGGUGGCCAAUUCUAUCCGGAGGGUCUUCAUCGCCGAGGUGCCUAUAAUAGCCAUUGACUGGGUUCAGAUUGAUGCCAACUCCUCCGUCCUGCAUGACGAGUUCAUCGCGCACCGGCUCGGAUUGAUUCCUCUCACGAGCGACGACAUCGUGGACAAGUUGCAGAACUCCCGGGACUGCACCUGUGAGGAGUUCUGCCCCGAGUGCUCGGUGGAGUUCACCCUGGACGUGCGGUGUAACGAAGACCAGACUCGCCACGUCACGUCCCGAGACCUCAUCUCCAACAGCCCUCGCGUCAUCCCGGUGACGUCCCGGAAUCGAGACAAUGACCCCAAUGACUACGUGGAGCAGGAUGACAUCCUCAUCGUCAAGCUGAGAAAGGGCCAGGAGCUGAGACUCCGAGCCUACGCCAAAAAGGGCUUUGGCAAGGAACAUGCCAAGUGGAACCCCACCGCGGGGGUGGCUUUUGAGUACGAUCCAGACAAUGCCCUGAGGCACACGGUGUACCCCAAGCCCGAGGAAUGGCCAAAGAGCGAGUACUCGGAGCUGGAUGAGGAUGAGUCCCAGGCUCCCUAUGACCCCAACGGCAAGCCCGAGAGGUUUUACUACAACGUGGAGUCCUGUGGCUCUCUGCGCCCCGAAACCAUUGUCCUCUCAGCCCUCUCGGGACUGAAAAAGAAGCUGAGUGACCUACAGACGCAGCUAAGCCACGAGAUCCAGCGCGAUGUCCUAACCAUAAACUAGCUGCUGCUCGCCGGCUGCAGCAGGAAGCCCUCCAGCCUCUCCUGGAACCCAAGACCCGGCCUGCACCUGCUCAGGCUUCUCGGCGCAUUGUCCGGGCCACUAGGAGGGCGUCACAGGUGGAUUCCAGGGAUCACUGGACUUGGGCAGGGCCUGGUUUUCCUGGCCAGACUGUCUCUCGCAUCCUGCUACUUGGCAUGCUUGUCCGUGUGAAGAGCCACUGUGCCCACCUUCUCCCGGCUUUGUAAACCUUCUCUCCAAAAGGGGCACGUUCGCAGCUGCACAUCAGGCUGGGUGCUGGAACCUUCCUCAGGCUGCCUGUAACCCUUCCGGUCCCUUCCCCAAGGCCAGCCUACUGGCCCCUCAAAUUCAGGUGCCCGUAAUUGGAGAGGUAGCCCCGUGGGCAUAGCAUUAGCCCCUGGCUGCCCCCUGCCGCCUAAAUAAACAUGCUGUUUCAUUCUGUCA